AUGAGAUGCAAAAAGCUGCAAAUCAACAAACUAACGCAGUGGCUGGAGAAUGGUUAUGUGUUUCAAUACAGAAUGAACUGCGUUUUCUGUGGAAUCCUGAACCAGUCCCGAAUGCAGACUGUGCUGCACAAACAUCACAAGAAAUGUUGCGGCAAGAUCUCGGAUUUCCUUAUCGAUCAUGGAUGCUUACUGCUGUGGAAAGAGCUUGUUAUUCUAGCCUCAGACACUCCAUCACGGACACUGGCAUUCCGAGGAUCUAACAGCGUAUAUAUUCGGCGAUAUAUUGAGACACGAAUCCAGUAUAACUCAAUACCAACGUCUGCUGGUGCUGAAGCAAACACUGAAGCUAGCGGUGAAGCUGGUGCUGGAGCAAAUACUGAAGCUAGCGGUGAAGCUGGUGCUGGAGCAAACACCGAAGCUGGUGCUGGAGCAAACACUGAAGCUAGCAGUGAAGCUGGUGCUAGAGUAAACACUGAAGCUAGUGCUGAAGCAAACACUGAAGCUGGUGUUGAAUCAAACACUGAAGCUAGCAGUGAAGCUGGUGCUGGAGCAAACAUUAAAGCUGGUGCUGAAGCAAACGCUGAAGCUAGCGGUGAAACUGGUGCUGAAGCAAACACUGAAGCUGGUGCUGGAGCAAACACUGAAGCUGGUGUUGAAGCAAACACUGAAGCUAGCAGUGAAGCUGUUGUUGAAGCAAACACUGAAGCUGGUGCUGGAGCAAACACUGAAGCUUGUGCUGAAGCAAACACUGAAGCUGGUGUUGAAGCAAACACUGAAUCUAGCGGUGAAGCUGGUGUUGAAGCAAACACUGAAGCUUGUGCUGAAGCAAACACUGAAGCUUGUGCUGAAGCAAACACUGAAGCUAGCGGUGAAACUGGUGUUGAAGCAAACACUGAAGCUAACGGUGAAGCUGGUGCUGGAGCAAGCACUGAAGCUGGUGUUGAAGCAAACACUGAAGCUUGUGCUGAAGCAAACACUGAAGCUAGCAGUGAAGCUGGUGUUGAAGCAAACACUGAAGCUGGCGGUGAAGCUGGUGCUGGACCGGGAAAUGCGCGUGCUCCGUGCCGCCUCCUCGAACAGUUGGAGCAGAAGGGGAAAGUGGCUUGA